GAGCUUAGGUAUAAUAACGCUAUUAGGCGUAAGGUGGCAACAGCUGUAAAAGCGACUAUAAUCAACCCGGAAAUAGCAAGAAGGUACUUUCCCUAAAUUACAGAUUUUGGAUGAUUACAAUUGAAUGAGGAUUCCGCCUGACGACAGGUUAUACGUUUAACGUUAUAGAUUUCUAGGCCUAAAGUUAGACUCUGACUUAAGUCUUACCCGGCAAUUGUAAAGGCGGUAUUCUGUCUAACGUCAGCGCUGUGGCAGUGCCAGUGACGUGGUCAGAGCAGUGGGCACUUCUUAAACUUUCUUAAUUUGCGAGUACAACCAAAAGAGGUCAUAAACUAAAGAUGAAUAUCACGAGAGAAACCUUUGUAAGAGAACUACCCUUGAGUGCCAGGAAAAGGCUAGCUUUAUGCCUUGAUAGUCCACUUAGUAACUUGGAUUGGAGGGCGAUGGCUGAAAAGUUGCCACGACGACCGGGCAUCCUACUAGAACCAAAGUAUAACUACCAACAAAUAAGCAUGUUUGAAUUGGCUCUGCAGAGACCGGGAGGCAGCCCAACAAUAGCUGUCCUAGAUGAUUGGGGCACCACCAAUGCCAGGGUAGCAGAUCUUCUAAAUGUGUUUGGUGAAAUGAAACAUCUAGCUGCUAUGGAUGCCCUAAUACCAGGUUCUAGUGUAUACUAUACACAAGAUGAACAAGUGGCAGCCGAAGCACAAAUGCCUCCACUGCUCCCAUCUGCCCCUCCUAUGACUCCAUCAAUACCUCCAAAUAUUCCUCCAAGACCGGGAGCAAGCACCGUUGUGGCUAAACCAGUGUACCCAGCUGACUCAACCAUGCUCCCAUGCUUUGACCCCGAGACAGUUCAGAGAUUUAGCUAUGAAGAGAUAACAAGGAUGACAAGAGGUUUUGAUCAGAAGAAGGUUAAAGAUGGAGGAUGCCUCAUCGAUGAGGGAGGAUUCGGAGUUGUUUACAGAGGAACAUUCUCCGGAGAAGAAAUGUGUGCUGUGAAAAAAUUAAAAGAGAAUGUAAUGCCUGAUGAAGUCAGUAUUGAGGGACAGUUUGAUGGCGAACUCAAAGCUUUAUGCAGGCUGAGGCAUCCCAACCUAGUCAUCCUCUACGGUUACUGCUUUGAACCGCCUCACCUAUGCCUAGUCUAUGAGCUGAUCAGAGGUGGAUCGUUACGGGAUCGUCUUGCCUGUAAGGAUGGAACCCCGACUCGUAAGCCCUUGUCUUGGCCCAAGAGACUGGACAUCGCUUGGGGAUCAGCAUGCGGGCUACGCUAUCUACAUGAUAAAGGCUUCAUUCAUAGAGAUAUCAAGAGUGCCAAUAUUCUCCUCGAUACAAAUCUAAUCCCCAAGAUUUGUGAUUUUGGGCUGGUUCGAGAUAAGUCUGGCAAGCAGAAAGGAGAAGCGUCUUAUUUUGUUACAAGCUUCACCAUUGGUAGUACGUUUUACAUGGCACCAGAGGCUAACUUUGGUGAAUACUCUAAAAAGACAGAUAUAUACAGCUUUGGAUUGGUUCUUCUCGAGAUAUUAACCGGUCUUCCUGUGUAUGACGAGACGCACAUCAUGACGACAGUAGAUGAUAUAAUGGAUAGACACAACGAUGUUGUAUUCCUGAUAGACAAGCAUGCAGAGAUGUGGAAUGAAAGAUCCGCCCAGGUGAUGUACGACCUCUCAAGUCAAUGCACCGAGCACAAGAGUAGGAAAAGGCCAGACAUUGAAGAGGUUGUUCAGCGUUUAGAAGGCAUGCAAGAGGAGACACCAACAAAGUAACUAGAAUUCUAUUGUCAGAUAUUAAUAUUGAUUAUGUGAGUACUGAGAUAUGCAAUAUUAUAAUUACUAGAUUUAUGCUGCUGAGGAUUGUGAUAAAGUUAUGUAUUAAAAAAAAAAUUAGACAACUUUAAACUUUGCCAAAAUUAUUGACAGAUUCAUUAAAAUAUUAUGUUAUUAAAAGGACACAUGUUUGGCAUAAAGGGUGAAAUCAAGCACAACUUGUGAUUUUCCUUUUCAAUAUGUAAUCGUUAUAAAAGCACAGAUUAUGAUAUUGAUGAAGAUCUAUGCAAAUCAAUUUGUAAUUUUGAUAUUUUUUUUACCGUUGAGAAAGCCUGACUUAGGGCCCAGGAAGUUAAAUAAAAAAGGGCCAACCAAAUCAGAAUUAUAGUCAAAUGAUUUUCUUUCAACAUUUCUUUUUUUUUUUUAACAAAAUGAUAUACAAUGUAAAAUUCAAUGCGAAUACUAGUAUUUCAUAAUCAUUGAAUCAGCUUAUGUGACAUACUCUAUUGUAAAACAACACUACUCAUGAAUUUAGAAGGUCAAUGCCCAGAAUAUGAAAACUAGAUGGAAGUUUUUGUAUUCAGGAAAUUUCCUGUGUUACAUUAGGAGUUAAUCAAAAUAGCUAUUAGUGGAAGUAUCAGCAAAUUUUUGCUAAUUGUUCAUUUAUCGUCAUUCAUUGAAUUAUUAUCAUUAUUAAUUUAUAGUGAGCACCAACAUCAAGAGUAAAACAAAUUUACUGAAUAACUGUAGUCAAUUAGAAAAGGAGAUGAAAAGGGAAAUGAAAUAUGAGCAAAAUUAUUUGAUUAAUGAACAUAGUUUCAAUGAAAUAUGAAAAUAAAUAUAUGAAGUUUUUCUAAAGAUUAUGGAGUGGGUUAACAAAAUGUACAGAAUAAUUGUAUAAAGUAUAGAGCAAAGUAGCGAUUAAUUUGACAAACAAGAAUGUUGGUAUACUGUUUGACAAAUUUCUUCCAUUGAAUACUCUUACACUGUAUAUGUAAAAGCAAUAUAAGGACCAGAAUAUAACAUCAAAUGUCUAUGAAUUCAUAAUAUAAAGGGAGUUUAUUACCGGUAGAUGGUAUGUAGAGCAAGAAGUAAUACUUCAUGUAUUUUAUGAAACCAUGCAGAAUAUAUUCUAAAUGUCGCACUGUUCAUGUUUUGAAUUUGCAAUGUAGAGAUUUGUACUUUUUCUUCUUAAAAUUUAUGUAAUGAAAUUUAUAAAAAAAUUAGAUUGUGAAUUUGACAUUCCACAACUCGGAGUACAUUUUCCUAAGAGUGACUUCUUCCCAGGGAAGAUUUUAUUGUUUUAUGAUGUAUAGCAUAUCUAAUGCUGCCAUAGAAUUUGUUUUAAUUGUAUCAAGUGUAUGAACUGUAGUCGUAUAAUUUAAUGUUAGUUUAUAUCCUUCGUGUCAUGAUGUGGUGUCACUUAAGGGCCAUUACUACCUCCAUCAUUAUUUUAUUUCAUACAAAGUCAUUUGUUUUCAUCCAUUUAAAAAAAUGAAUUUUCAGUGUUUUACGUGGCAAAAUAAUAUCAUUUUCACCCUGAAGUAACACUUUGAUACAAAUACUAUCAACACAAACCUCAAUAGGAGGAUGAAAGUCUAUCAACAGGCCUCUAUAUAUGAUUACUUCAAGUUCCUGCAGUGUUGAUAUCCAACAGAAGGCUCUAAUCUGAAUAGACUUUAUAUCUUUGGCACAUGUAAGUUGAAAAGGCCAAAAAAUUUAUCAAAAAGAGAAGCACUCCAUUUUUUCCAUUUAUUUAAGAUAAAGAAAAUGUAUGUGUGGUGGGGUAUGGGUGUAAGAGUAAUAUAGUUUUUCAACACUUGUAAUUUCUCAGUAUUUAAAUAUAAGAAUGCUAGAAUGCUAAACAUGGCUUAAUUAAAAAAAAAAUGGAGGGAGACUUGUGCAAUAAGGACUCAUUUUCCGGGGGGGGGGGGGAGUACUCGAAUUAUAAAAUGAUACCUAUGUGCCACGCCAAAAACAAAAGUCGGGGCUCUGGAACUAAACUUUGGUCUUAAAAUGGGGGUCUCCAAAACUGCUCUAGUAUCAACGAUUGCUAAAAAUGCAAUGCUCCGGAAUGGCAUACAUACAUGUAUAUAUGCAUGAGAUUGGUCAUGACGUUCCUGCACGAUGAACCAAUCAGUGGCCUCCAAAUCGCUAUGUAGAGCUUAGGCCGAUGUUGAACGCAAUUUGCCACUGUACUGCGUCGAGUAUGAGCAGGAACUUGGACGAGAGACUACAAAUUUUAGAUGUCUCCGGAACGGGGAAAAAAUAGGAAUUCCUAUGGCUUGCUAAAUUGGUGAUGCUCUGGAAUGGAAAUUUAGGCUGAAAAUGGGGGUCUCGACGGCGGCAUAUAGGCAUCAUACAUUUAUACUAAGUACCCUCCCCGGGCUCAUGUUUUCAUUUUCAAAUGUUGGCAGGCCUGGAACCAUCUCAAAUGUUUGAUUUAGUAGGUCAUUGUUGAACCAACUGAUAUUUGUUGAACCUUAUUUCUCUGAAUUGUGCCCCUGGAUUGGGUAAUGCAUCUUUCCUGUGAUUAAAAAUUCAAAUGAUGGUUAUUAAAGUGCCUUGUGUAGUGACAGCAGAGGUAUAGCUCUUUGGGAAGUUAUUCUUUCCAUUCCUUAUCAUGGAGAUAGUGAAUAUGAAUUUCUUCCUGCCAUGUACAAUUUCAGUAGCUUAGAUGUCUGUAAAGGCCCAGCAAAGGACUAGUUGACCCAUGUAUGCACCUAGUGAAUGGGACAAUGAUUAGUGUUAAUUCAUGUUUUGCCUAAGAUAAAAAUUGUGGCCAGGGUGUGAAUGGAGUUGAACCCUCGAUCCUAGAACUGAGGAUCGGGUGAAUAAACCAAUGCACCUCAGAACCGUCAUCAUUCUGUACUUUGCACUGACGUAUGUGUUUGUCUUGCCUCCAUGGUAACAGGGUUAACAGUUAAAGGUCAAGCCUACCAUAACAAAAAUGCUGACAAAUAUGGAAUGUAAAAUAAGUAUUCAUGACAUUUCAAAGUGUUUUUU